AUGUCAGGCAAAAAGCUCAAAAACAAAAAUCAGCUUUUCAAGCGUCAGAAGGUGAUCGAUGCCCGCACUAUUAGAGCCGAAGCUUUAAGCUCGCUGCCCAAAGCUGCCAAUGAGCUAUCAGAAAGUGGCAGUAUGCUGAAAGUGUCGGAGUUCAUGGCCUCCCGUGAAUUUGAGGUAAAGCAGCUCCAGUCCGCUAUUCUUAAAUCCAAAAGUACAUCCUCCACCAGAGUUUUCCAAGCUCUUCCAAGAAAGCUGCGUCGCAGAACUGCAUCUCAUAAUGUGAAAAGGAUUCCUAAACGUCUCAGAAAUCGAGCCCUUCGUGAAAUGCGGAAAAGCGAACAAACAGUCACAAAGGGUACACAAACGCUCUCCAAGAAACGAAAAUAUGGUCUCACUGCUAAACAACUGUACAAAGCACGCAUGGCGGUAAAACUACUGCGACUAGCUGCUAAGUCCAAAUCCAUGAAACUUGCACUUCCAGCAGACGCUACCGCGUCUCAUCAUAAACUGCGAAGUAGAAUAAAGGCUCUCCAAAAGACUAUUCGCGAGCACGCAUCGGGCAAGCUGCAGUCUUCCAGGAACAAUCGGCUAGGAAGCUAUGAUUGCACAGGAUUUGGCGUGUUGGCACCAAAGCCUAUCGGUCGCAUUAAGUAUUUAAAGAGACAGAACAAGUUCACCUGGCUUCCCUCUCAUGUGUGGAAUGCUAAAAGAUCACAUAUGCUAAAAAGAUGGGGAUACCAAAUUCCUUGGUCGCCUACACAAAAAUGCUUCAAACUCACGCACAAGCUUGGUAAUUCUGUCUCUACUUCUGAUGGUGCCAUGUGCAGCGAUACCAGCUACAUGGGGACUAUGAUUCUAGCAUCGGACGACGCUGAGUACUUGAAGCAACUAAUAUCACAACUAACUAAAAAGAGAGGUUCACUCACAAAGUAUAGAGCUUCCCAUCAUUGGUUUGAAGGUGUGGUUUUUGAUGACAGCAAAAAUGCAUUGGGACCCAUCAAUUUGUUAUGGCUCAGUUUCAACAAAUGUAUGUUGAGGCUCCAUCCCGCGAUAUAUCCAACGGUAUUUGAAAGAUUGACAGCCUCAGACAAUAAAAAGCUUACUGUUCAUGAUUGUCGCUAUUCUAUAGCCAGUAUUACGCUUACUGGCGCUAAAUCUUUGAAUGCACUCUCGCAAGUUCUGCGCAGCACUGAAUUAUCCCAGUCUUAUUGUCAAUUUAAAAAGGUUGCAUACAUCACAGAUAUCAACUUAUUGCCUCAAAGAACGAUGUUUGCCUUUAACGCUAUGGAUCCCAGGCACCUUUCUAAUCCUAAGAAGCUUGCUAAUUCGAAACCUGUGGCAGACGAUAUUUUACAGCUUCAGGAUCAGUUUCCGCAGUCUGAAAUCGUCUCGGUCUUAGAAAAGCUCGCCGAUCCAAUUGAGCGCGAAAAGACGUACUCAAAUCAACUUACUCUCAAAGAGCUCGCAGCAAGACGCAGAUCUCUUUUGGGAUCGACUAAAAAUUCAAACGUUAUACCUUUCAACGCUGACGGCGAUCCGUCUUUCCCUAUCAUCAUUUCGAAGUUGCCUAAACAGGAAUUAUGGGUAGUAAUUUUGCCUUGGUUUUGGCAUCUUCCCUUAUGGUAUCAAUUAAACCGAGUAUCGAGAGUGCAUCAUAUGGGAUUACGUCAAUUGCAGCAACUCAGCUAUGAGCGUCAUCGAUUAUAUUUUCCGGACGAUUACCCAUUCACUCAAGUCGGUAAUGAUGAAAAUUCAUUGUACAAGAAGGCGGCUCAAAAAAAUUUCUGGAGCCGCAAGCCGGUUAGUAAACGCGUCAACUACGCGAAAAUUCCUAACAUUCAUUCAGAAGCACCAGCCAUGUUUCCUGGAGAAGUCGGCGAUCCCUUUUGCUGUGACUGGAGAUUUUUGCAAAUCCUAAGAAAUGGUUUGACGUACCUAAAGUCGCAAGGCAACGAAUGCGUCAAGAUGUUUGACGCAUCGCGCACCUCACAAUUCGACGAGCUGAACUUACGCAAGCUGACAUACGUCAAUGAUCUUGUUGAGCUGUACGGGGAUGUUUGCAGCAAAAAUCUCAUUGCGGAAGGAUUACCGUUACAGAUUGUGACACAAUCCGCUGCCAAAAUUCAAAUCGAAACUCCGGACACUGAGUCAGCGAAAAAGACGCCGCAGCAAACGGUUGUGAGCACAGCGCUCCCCGUUAUUGCAGUAUCUUGUGAAUUGUUGGAAAGAGGCCAUCCAAAAGACACUGCUCGUAUUUAUUCAAUCCCACAGCAAGAUCUACACUACUGGGAAUCUAUUGUGCAAGUGUCAUCACGUCCCAGUGGUAGACGCAACCACGACACUGCGCAACCAAUUCCUUCCCUGCAUAAUCUCAUUGGAUUUGCUACGAGUGGCACAUUCCAUCUAGGACAAGGCCAGGGCGUGUGCACGGGCUUCAUCGAUUCCCGAGAAGCUAUACUCCCUGGUAACAAUUAUGUUUUAAUCCGAAAUGUGGGUACAAAUGUCUACAGAAUUGCCAAAUGGAAACAAAUAGUUAUCUGA